CUAACAAUAAUAUGUAAUCCAAAUUCCCCGAAUAUUUUCGGUAUGUGGGAAAAAAAAAGUCAAAACUCAUUAUUUAUGACUGUUUCUUUAAGAAGGCUGGAGGGGGCGGGGCUUCUUAACGCUCAGCUGACAUGAAGUGGAGGGUCAUGUGACUCAACGCAGAACUUUCACAACAGUUAUGGCGGCUGCAGGGACAAUGAUAGGCAACAGAGUUUUUGUUGUUUUGCUUAUUUUACGGUUAAGUUUUUGCCCGUGUUUAGUUGGCGGGACAAACGAAUAUAAAAGACAGUUGACCCUGCAGUUGAACCCAAACUCAACAUCAGUGCCACCUGGUGGUGACUUGCUGCAUGUGCGAGCUGUGGGAGAUAACGACACGCUGCAUUUCCUGUGGUGCAGCCAGGGGGCGCCAACGUUGCUGAUAGUUCACACCAACACAAGCAACUCUUUAGUUCAGGUGAACUGGACUCAGUUUUUGAGCCGUAACGUCAGCGGUGGCCUCAGUGUGGAGCCGCAGAGCAGCAUCCAGUACAGCAUCGCCGUGGUUUUCAGUCGGCUGCUGGAGUAUGACGACGCGAAUGACACCGCCAUGCCAGAUUCCGACUUCUUCCCUCCUUACGAGCUCCAGAACCUGAACUGGAACCGCCUGGAACUAUUCGACGCCAAAGCUCGGCUGUGCGGAGAAACCCCCGAGUUCGGGAACGGAUCCCUCUGCCUGACGUUGUCUGUCUUUGACUCCGACGGGCGUGCAGAGUCUUGGCCCCGCCUCCUGCACUCAGCUAACUCCUCCCAGCUUGAGGUUUGGCUGCAUGGUAUCAUGCCACGGUCGGCAAACUCUAGGUUCUUGCUGGAGAUGCAGGCGGUGGGCGGAGACUUCCCUCUGAGCAGAGUGGAUGUCCGCCAGUUCAUUGACGACGAGUUCACGCCGUCAAUUUUUAAGGUGUCUCAGUGGGUGUCUCCUGUGAAGGGCGGCUCAGACGUGUCGGGUUACGUCCAGUGGAAGCCGGUGGCGUACCGCCAGUCCAACCCAGCCCUGGAGGACGCCACGCCAUGCCGCUACUCGGACCCCCAGACUCAGGACGGAAACGCCACGGCAGCUUCUUCCGCCCUCAUCCAAGCUUUCUUCUCCCAACCCAACAUCACGGGGCUGAACGUGAGCUUUGGCCUGGCAGGAGAACCGUUCUACAACAGCACCAGGUUCCUCAGCUGGACGAUGCUGGUGGGUGUCGGAGCUCCUCCCGUUGACACCUUCUCUCCGAUUGUCCUCGCCAUCAUGGCCGUGGGUCUUGGGACUCCCAUGAUCCUCUUGCUGGUGGGCGGAGCCUUGGUUUGCCUCCAUAAGAGGAGGCACGGCUCCCCGGCAACCUACCAGCCAAUCAACUGAUGGAUGGAAGGACAGAGACUCUUUUAGAAAUGGUUUAAAGACAUUUUCUUGCGGGAUUCAUAUUCCAGACUUUAGUCUCUAACCUGGAAUAAGCAGAAAGCACCAGCAGGAUAGUCUGACCUAAAAAGGAUUAUGGAACUUUAGGAUCAAACUCUUAAAUUUAAGGCAGUUUUUUGUGUUUGAAUCGGAAAUAUUUGCCAUUUAAAAAUAAUAUAUAUAUUUUUUUCUGUAAGAUUUACGUUCUUGGUCAGCCGCUUGCUGAUAUUUUAUUUUAUUAGGAGGAUUUGUUGCAUUUUUUAUAUAAUUAGAUGCAUUUAUACAAACGUUCAGGGAGUUUUGAUGAUUAAUUGUGCCAGUGUUUGUUUGCCAAGUGUUCUAGUUUGGCCAUUACAAGUUCAAAUUAUCUUUUUUUUUUUGUUGUUGCCAAGGAUCGAGGUUUAUCAAAAACCAUUUGAUGAUUUGAAAGCUGCCCAGCAGCUGAUUGGCUCAUAUAUUGUCUAAAUAAAUCGCUGAAAAAUCUGUUUUUUUUGUUACUCUCAGACACAUUUGUCCUGCUGGUUAGACAAUUAUUUUUUUGUUAAAGAUAGAUUUUCUUACACUAACGUUUUUAUUUCAGCUGUAGUUUAGGUCAUUUAUCCUUCAACGAAUAAGCAAAAAGAAGAAGCCAAGUCUGAUAAACAAAUGAAAGAGACAUUUUAGGCUAAAUUGUGUCCAAACUGGUAAAAGUAUUUAGAAGUUAAGCCUCCCUCGUAUUAAGUUAUCAAGAUAUUUGUUUUGAGCUGCUGAGAAAAACAGGAAAAACCAUUGAAAUUAGCAAAUACAAAAUAUUUGUAGAAUUUUUGUGCUUAAAAUCAGAAUAAGUGCUUUUUUGCUACUUUACAAGGCAAAAUAAAACCAAAGAUUGACUUUC